AAGCGCGCAGCUUGUUUAAAAUAGAAAGAAAAAAGUCGCAUACAUAAUUUUGUGGAAUUAAAUUAAUUCUGAAUUAUUUGAGUUAAAUGUUCUAUUUAUAUGACCGAAGUUCCCAUUGAAAAAUCUAAAAGGAACUAAGCAAGCAGUUUUUUUACGUUUUAUACAACAAAAGAAAUUGUCGAUUGAAUACACAUUAAGUGAAAUUUUUCAUUUUUCCUAAUUUCUUGUUAGAAGAGAAAAUUUAAAGCACGUAAACAUGUCUUCGAAAACUGAUGAUAAAGGGGCAGAAAUACCAGAAAGAUUAUAUGAUUCUUCGGCCGGCAAAACAUAUAAACGCAUGAGAUUUUUCGGCAAGGGUGGAUUUGCAAAAUGUUAUGAAAUUGUAGAUGUGGCGACAAAUGAAGUGUAUGCUGGUAAAAUUGUUUCAAAGAAGCUCUUAAUGAAACAUAACCAAAAAGAGAAAAUGACCCAGGAAAUUACCAUACACAGUUCUAUAAGUCAUCCUAACAUUGUUAAAUUUCAUGGUUUCUUCGAAGACAAUUACAACAUUUACAUCGUUUUGGAACUGUGCAAAAAAAGAUCUAUGAUGGAAUUACACAAACGUCGGAAAACCAUAACUGAAUAUGAAUGUCGUUAUUAUAUAUAUCAAAUCAUUCAGGGUGUUAAAUACUUGCACGAUAACCGCAUAAUACAUCGCGAUUUGAAAUUAGGUAAUCUGUUCCUAAACGACAUGCUCCACGUGAAGAUUGGUGAUUUUGGUUUGGCCACACGUAUUGAGUAUGAGGGCGAACGGAAGAAAACUUUAUGCGGUACCCCAAAUUAUAUAGCACCGGAAAUUCUGACUAAAAAAGGGCACUCGUAUGAAGUGGAUAUCUGGUCUAUCGGUUGCGUUAUGUACACCCUAUUAGUGGGUCAACCUCCGUUUGAAACUAAAACGCUUAGAGAUACCUACUCGAAAAUUAAAAAAUGUGAUUACCGAGUACCCAGUUAUCUACGUAAAUCAGCUGCCGACAUGGUAGUGUCAAUGCUGCAAUCAAAUCCCAGCCAUCGGCCUACAAUUGACCAGUUGCUACAUUCAGAAUUUUUAACUAUUUCGCCGGUUCCAAUGUUUUUGCCUACUUCAUGUCUGACUAUGGCCCCACGUCUCGAAAUUAAGGACACUUUAGAACAUGAGGUGGCUAAUCAAAGAAAGCCUCUAAUUGAAGUGAACGGUGUACGAUACGAUGAUACACGUUUGGAGUCUACUUUUCUUAAAAACAACUUGCACGAUGCCAUCACUGCAUCGGCGCAUGUUUAUCAGCAUAAUCAGGAUUAUCGCAGUGACAUAGAAAGCUUGUAUCAACAAUUAACCAAGCUUAUUGAAGCCAAACCUCGCAUGUUAGCCGGAAAUUUAGGUGAUGAGAAUACGGACCCUGCUGCUCAGCCAUUGUUUUGGAUAUCAAAGUGGGUGGAUUACAGCGACAAAUACGGUUUUGGCUAUCAAUUAUGCGACGAGGGCAUAGGUGUUAUGUUCAAUGAUACAACCAAGCUAAUUCUAUUGCCGAAUGAUAUUAAUGUCCACUUUAUCGAUAAGGAUGGCAAAGAAACUUAUAUGACCAACACAGACUAUUGCAAAUCUUUGGAAAAGAAAAUGAAAUUAUUGUCUUACUUUAAACGUUACAUGACAGAACAUUUAGUGAAGGCUGGAGCAAAUAAUGUUAAUCUUGAAACUGAUCAAAUUUCGCGCAUGCCACAUUUACACUCAUGGUUUCGUACCACUUGUGCGGUAGUCAUGCAUUUAACUAAUGGCACAGUACAGUUAAACUUUUCAGAUCAUAUGAAAAUUAUUUUAUGUCCACGUAUGAGUGCUGUCACUUACAUGGAUCAAGAAAAAAAUUUUCGUACAUAUCGGUUCUCAACCAUUACACAACAUGGCUGCUCUAAGGAUUUGUAUCAGAAAAUCCGCUACGCUCAGGAGAAACUAAAUAAAAUGUUGGAAAAGAUGUUUUUCUAAACAUAUUGGGAGUUCUUUCAACAAACAGCAGGCUCUCUUUUAUCUUUUUUUAUUUUCGGCACAUUGAAAUCCUAUCGCUUACUUUCAUUCUAUGUUAUUCUCCACAUACGAAAUGCGAUUUAAGUGAAGGCUUCUAUUUAUACGCUUUUUAUAAUUUUUUAUAUUUUAUUAACAAUUACAUUAUAUUAUUAAUAUUAUUAUUAUUCACGUUUUCUAACAUUUUAAUAUUUCUUUAUUUAUACGUGCAAACAAAUAAUUCACAUAGCUACAAUCAAUAACAACAAUAUCCUCGCAUAUCCGCCAUUUCUAUUUAUUUCUUAUGGCCUGGUUUUGUUUGCAAGCAUACUU